CACUGCAUCACCUUAAUCUCCACCCACUGCUCCCUCUCCAUCACCAACCAUCUUUUCGAAGCAACCCAUUCCGCAAUGGGGGCUCUGCCUCGGGGUCUACUGCUCCUCGGCGUUUGCGCCGUCCUGGUGGCGGCCGUGCUCGCCGAUGCAUCACCUGCGUCGUCGAUGGUCGUCGGCUUGGCCAAGUGCGCCGACUGCACCAGGAAGAACAUGAAGGCUGAGGCUGCUUUCGCGGGCCUUCAGGUGGCUGUGAAGUGCAAGAACGCCGACGGCGAGUACGAGACCAAGGCCGUCGGCGCGGUGGACAAGUCCGGCGCGUUCGGCGUGCCCCUCGGCGCCGACCUCCUCCGCGAGGACGGCGAGCUGAAGCAGGACUGCUUCGCGCAGCUCCACAGCGCGCCCGACCACCCAUGCCCCGGGCAGGAGCCGUCCAUGAUCGUCCGGCAAUCCGCCGACGGCGCCGAGAAGAAGGGCUUCGUCGCCGUCCCCGGCGAGGUGCACUACUCCUCCCAGGAGUGCGCGUCGGCGUUCCUCUGCCACUUCUUCCACAAGAAGCACCUCUUCCACAAGAAGCCCGCCUUGGUCGUCCCUCACCUCAAGAAGAAGGCCAUCGUGAUCCCGCACAUCCACAAGAAGCCCAUCGUGAUCCCGCACAUCCACAAGAAACCGGCGCCGGUGCCGGUGCCGGAGUACAAGCCGCCGACGCCCACCCCGGUGUACACGCACCCGAAGCCCGUGCCAGAAUACAAGCCGCCGACGCCGGUGUACCCGCACCCGGCACCGAUCUACCACCCUCCUGCCGCAGAUCAGAAGGCCGCUCUGAAUCCGGAGACUGACCCUCAGCUCUUCAAGAAGCUCCUCCACAAGAAGCCCAUCGUGAUCCCGCACUUACCAAUCGUGAUCCCUCACUUCCACAAGAAACCGGCGCCGGUGCCGGUGCCGGAGUACAAGCCACCGACGCCCACCCCGGUGUACACGCACCCGACGCCGGUGCCAGAGUACAAGCCACCGACUCCGGUGUACCCGCACCCGUCGCCGAUCUACCACCCUCCUGCCGCCGAUCAGAAGACGGCUCAGGACCCGGAGACGGACCCCCAGCUCUUCAAGAAGCUCCUCCAUAAGAAGCCCAUCGUGAUCCCGCACUUCCACAAGAAGCCAGCGCCGGUGCCGGAGUACAAGCCGCCAACACCCACCCCCGUGUACACGCACCCGACGCCCGUGCCGGAGCACAAGCCGCCGACGCCGGUGUACACGCACCCGACACCGAUCUACCACCCUCCUGCUGACCAGAAGACGGUGCAAGACCCGGAGACGGACCCUCAGCUCUUCAAGAAGCUCCUGCCGUUCAUCAAGAAGAACCCAUUCUUCAAGAAGUUCCCCCCUGCCAAGGAGGAUACCAAGCCAUAGAGGAUUGGUGCGACCUGAAGUCCUUUGCCUAUUUCAGUAUCCAUGGCCGUGUUGAUUCCUGCAGUUUCUUUUUUCUUUUAAGGGAAAUGUUGAUCCCCGGUAAUCUCGAACUUUUUUUUGCAGGUGUGGUAGUAGUCUUGAACUUGCUACAAAUAAACCUAUGUUGAAAUGAGUUAUAUAUAUAUUGGCCGAGUUGGAACUACCUUAAA